CGACGCAGCUCUUUUCGGGAAGGUUCGCAAAACCAAUUUAAUUGCUUUUAGGGACGGAAAAAUCCGCGGAGUCGCCAGCUGCGAUUAAGGUAGUGACCUGAAUUAACGGUCAACGGAUUAGCGAAUUAGCGGUUAUCCCAGUCGCGGCCCUUACCAACUUUGCAUAUGGAGGAUUAGGUAUGUGUGAGGGCUACCUGUCGCUACCUGUAAUUAGUAUAAGAACCGUGGCGCAGAGUGAGGAAGGCACAGUUACAAACUGAUACGUCUAACGUGAACAACCAAAUCAAGAGCGAAAUCAAGAUGGUCCUGAGCAACUCUACGCCCAACAACGCCCACAAGAACAACGAGCUCGUGGUCGAUACCGCCGCCAUGAAUAGCAAGGACUUCAGCGAUCUGCUGCAACUGACCGAGGAAAUCGAGGAGAGACGCCGUUCCCAUCGCCAGGGAGAUGCCAGCACUGCCUGUGGCCUGCUCCGUGCCACCAUGACCCGAGAGGAGGUCUUCGAGAUCUCCUCCCUGGAUGACGAUCGCUUCCUGACGGCUCUGGAGCACCAGAACUCGUAUGUGGCUCCACGCCGUGUCCAAGUUACCGACCUCGACCUGUCAAGCAUUGAGAAUUUGAUGAAGUAUUUUGACGAAGAAGUGCCUGUGACUCCCACCAAGCGGAUGGAGUCCUCCAGGAUGGCUGCCUGUACGGGUAAGGUGGCAAGUGCAAUUGCCAAGUUGGCAAUCCAGCAGGAGCCCGUUUCGCCGCCCAAGCCCAAGGUGGACGGCGGCAUGUUGAAGAUCAGCGAACUAAAGCAGAGGUACGAGCAGCCCCAGGAGACUCCUAGAACGCCAUCGAUGGGACCUGGAAAAGUUUCUUCUUCGUCGCUGCCCCGGAAGGUGAAGGAGAUGGCCCAGCUGUUUAAUUCGAAGAUCAACCAGGUUAUCCGGCGAACGGACGAGCCGCAGUAUGUCCAACUGCACAACGAUUUGUCUCCGGAAGCCAAGCCUGUGCCCCAAUCUCGAUUCGUGCCGAGCCAAGGACCGUGCCUGAUUGCCGAGGAGGUAUUCCGGGAACUGAGUGUCAAGGAUAAGGCGCUCCUUUUCAACAAAUUCAUCGGCGACAUGGCGGCCAAGCAUCCGAAAUUCAACGCACAUGCUGAGGGUCUCAAGGCGAAGGUAAAGAACGAAAUAAUUCGCGGUGAGGUGGUGGCCGAACAACAGGCCAGUGUGAAGCUCUUGGCCCAGGAGCUGGAGGCAAAGUGUGUUCUUGAAGGUGCCCUACCUCCAAGACCAGGUGCAGCUUCUCCCCCCAAGGCUAUUCCAAAGGUUGAGACACCCAAGAGUCAAAUGCAUGUGAGCACCCUGACAGUCAUCCUGAAGCCAAGCCCUGAACGGGCACCUCAUACUCUGCCCCGCCGACGCCUGGAGCUACAAACAAAACUCGAGAUGCCGCAAGGAUGCCAGAAAAGGAAUCUGUCCUCCAUUCGGAGUGCCCUGCCCACGGAGGCCUAUGCUCCGCCCAAGAAGAUCCGACGAACCCGUCAGGAGCGCAGCGGAUGCGAGUCCCAGAUGUUUUUUCAGAACGAGCCGCUGGAAAGUCUCUUUUACAGCUGGCUGAGCUCGGAAAACGGUGUACAAUUCGAUAUAACCAGCGUGUCCAACAUCCAGGAAACCAUAGAAAUUGCAGUCGAGGAGGACUUGCUGGAGCAGCCGCCCCAGGAGCCAAGCACGGUCUCGAUCGGAGAGGUGAGCCAAAAAUCCGCUGUCGAGCGACUCUUGGAAGAAGCCAUCGCGAAGUUGGAGAUGGAGAACAUUUCCAAGGAAGCCAGCCAUGUAGAGGUCAAGGAGGUGGAUACAUCACAGCCCCAGAUAAAGACUCCAGUUGCCACACCGCGCCGCUUGAAACGACAGGCUCCUCCAGUGCCCGUCCCACGACCCAGUCUCAGUGCAUCACAGUCCACUGUUACCCUGUCCAGCGAAGGCUCCAGUUCGAAGCAGUCGGAGGCCGAGGAAAGCGAAUCCGGGUUGUCUACAUUGCCAAAGAUAACCAGCGACGAAUCUCAGCCAGAGACUCCCAAGGAUGCCAUGCAGUCCAAUGAUUUUGAGUUUGCCAAGCCUCAGCGUCCACCCCGCAAGAAGAAGAUGCGCCGCACCCUGACCUGGAAGAAGGAGAACUCCAUUGUGGAGGCCACAGCCAAUGCCAUCACAUCCACUGAUUCCGACUCCGACUACAAACCAUCCACCGGCGUGAUUUCCAAGAAGAAGCCAACAAACAGUUCUCAGCUACCUUUGCCGGAGCAGAGCUACAUCGAGCUGGACAAGUCCCUUAUGCGCCAUGUAAACUCGCCCCGAAAAAUCAAGUCGGCCUACACCUUGACCGUGAUGUCUUCGCCCUCGCCCAAUGCGGACAGUGAUCAGUCCCCAGCCCAGACCCCGAGGCAGUCACUGGGCCACUCAAUGCGGGACAGCUUCAUCGAUCAGGGCUUUGAAACCUGUUCCAAUGACCCCUUGGACAGCAGCCCAAUCAGACGAUCCUCCAUUGGCAGUGUCAGCUCGAAACCAUCCGGAUUCUCCACACCAGUCAAGGGCCGCUUGAUUUCUAGCCCGGCUCAGCAGCAACUGUUCAGCCCCAUUGCCGUGCCGGACAGGCCCCGUCGCAGCUCCUUGGCCAUGCAAGUGAUCCGGGAAGACCAUCCUCUGGAUCUGGACGCCACCAACAGCUCGCCCACCACACCCUGCAGCGAAAGAGAGUUCUUUGCAAACGCACCGACCAUCGAGAUGAACUCCUCUCAGGAUGAGAUGCCUGGAGCCAAGCCGCACUCGAGAUUCUGGAUUUCAUCUGGAGCAUUCACCGUCUCCUUGGAAAUCUUCCACAACACCCCGGAGCGCCUACGACUGCUGUACGAAAUCUUUUCGCAGAAGACCUGGGAGACUCGAGACCUUUCCUUCGGCAUCGAUGGACACAAGUUUACCCCGGGUGGUGGCACCUCGGAGUCUGCCCUGCCUGAGCGUCCUCCCAGUGUGAAGGGAUGCUCCCACUACUGGUUCGCCAGCGGUGACUUGGCGGUGCCCUUCAGCGGAAAGCGGAUGUCCGGCGAAAAGGUUAAGCGGUUGUUCGCCUUCCUCGAUGCCGAGCAGUCGGAGCUGCGAUUCGGAGUGGACCACAUCGACUUUAGCCACGGCCCCGAGUUUUGGCCCACCACCCAGAAGUACUCCAUCGAGAGCAGCUACAGCAUGCUGGUGGGUCUGCAGACGGGAGCCAGCAACGGCCUCGAGGGACGCAGCAAGUACGCUUGGCCGAGUAGCGGCAGCAACGCCAACCAGACGAUCAAAACCAGCGAUCUCGACCAGACCGAGUUGGAGUCCAAUAGCUUUGGCAAUAACAGCGGCCGACUCUCCUUCUCACCGGAUAUGUUCUCCCUGGACUACGAAGCCGUGCCCCUAGACGAACUGUUUACAAAGGCUGCCCCAGCUACUUCAACACCCACUCUCUCGGUGCCACAAAUGAUGCAGACCCUGCAACAGCAGCAAGUCAAGCUCCGGAGCGUGGAACAACGGAUCCGAAAGUAUGCCAAGCCCGCCAAUCUCACGGACACCUCGCUGGAACACUGCCGCAAUACCCCCGAGUAUGUGCAAAAGUUGCGCUCCAUCAUCAAGGCGAUUGAGAACAUUGGCCGCGACGAUGGCUUCCGCUCCUGCACCAUGGAACAGCUCGAGAGCUUCAUGUACUUCCUCAGUGAGUAUGCGGACUUGUGCCUAGCCAACUGCAGCGAGCACAUGGACAGUAUCCUGGACACUCUGCUGGCCCGUCGAGCCGUGGAAGUUUAAUAUUUAUACAUAAUUUAUAUUUUUAAUAUCAAA